AUGGGGGGAGAGGAUUUGGACUGUGACUGGCUUUUCUUUUUCUGUAUCUUACGGAUUUUCCUUGUAGGAGAUAAAGCUUUUGUUGACUUCCUGAAUGAUGAGAUUAAGGAAGAAAGGAAGAUACAGAAGCACAAGUCCCUCCCCAAGAUGUCGGGAGGCUGGGGGCUGGAAGUGAACGGGACGGAAGCCAAGCUUGUGCGGAAAGUUGCUGGAGAAAAGGUCACCGUCACCUUCAACAUCAACAACAGCAUCCCGCCCACGUUUGACGGGGAGGAGGAGCCGACCCCGGCCCAGGGGCAGAAGGCGGAAGAACAGGAGCCGGAACUGACGUCCACGCCCAAUUUCGUGGUGGAAGUCAUCAAGGACGGUGGCCAGAAGGCCCUGGUGCUGGACUGCCAUUACCCGGAAGAUGAGGUCGGGCAAGAGGAAGAGGAGGAAAGCGACAUCUUCUCCAUCAGGGAGGUGAGCUUUCAGUCCGUCGGCGAGUCUGAGUGGAAGGACACGAACUACACGCUCAACACCGACUCGCUGGACUGGGCCUUGUACGACCACCUGAUGGAUUUCCUGGCCGACCGCGGGGUGGAUAACACGUUUGCGGACGAGCUGGUGGAGCUCAGCACGGCCCUGGAGCAUCAGGAAUACAUCACCUUCCUCGAGGACCUCAAAGGGUUUGUCAAGACUCAGUAGGACAGACGGACGCCGGCCUUGGGCGGGAACAGGCCUGUCCGAAGCCGACUCACACGCGCCUGGAGGUGGUUUCCUUCUUGCUAUCAUGGAGAAUAAUUCAGAUUUAAAUGAUUUCCGUUGCCCUCUCAUUUACUGUUUAUUGCUUCCCUACAACUGUUUGCUCCGAGAUUUUUGUAUAACGUAAUGAUGGACAAUAAAAUUGGUUUAUCUCCUCCAA